AUGACGUCACGCGGGUGCCAGGUUGCGGGCGGCGGGGCCUGGCGGUUGGGCAGCAGCRCUACUGCCGUGUUCGGGUCCACGAUGUCACCGUGUAGGCCCCCACGAUACCUCCGGGCUGAGGCCAAGUCCCUGGGGCCUGGGUUUUUGCUAAAGAUAAAUGACUCUGCAGGUGAACAGAAUAACCAGAAGGGCGGCGGCGGCGUGGGCGAGGAGCAGCUGCGGCGGUUCCGGGAGUGCCUGCAGGAGGCGCUGCGAGAGCACUACCGGCACCACUGGUUCCCGCUGCGGCCCUCCAAGGGCUCCGGCUACCGCUGCGUGCGCAUCAACCACCGCAUGGACCCGCUGGUGGGCAAGGCGGCGGGCAUGAUCGGACUGAGCCACGAGAGACUCUUCCAGCUGCUGCCCAGCGAGCUCACGCUCUGGGUGGACCCCUUCGAGGUGUCCUACCGCAUCGGCGAGGACGGCUCCAUCUGCGUCCUCUACGAGAGCCCCCGGGCGGGUGGCGCGGCCCGCACGCGCGAGCGCCCCAGCGGCUGCAAGGCCGAGUGGCGGGGCGGCCGCUGCAGCCCCGCCGAGAGCUACGGCGUCAUGACGGUGUCCAGCUAAGAGGCGCUCCCCCCGUGCCGCGCUGUACGUACCCCACUUGCGUGAUGGACUUAGAUGUAACCGAGAUGUUGGUUUUUCACUCUAUAGCCAUUAAAGUCAUAGUAGUACUGCCAAGCGCGUCGUGGCCAAGGGCUAGUGUAUAAAGCGGUUCUUUAACGUCACUUUCUGGGCUGUGUCCUGUAAAAUGCACUGUACAGUCGACUGGUUGUUUUACACAUUUAUAUUUUUUCAAAGCCAUUUUGGCUACUUGUAAUAAAAAAAAAAAAAGCAACACUGUAGCACUCUUUAUGAUGGAUUUUAGUCGAGCUUAACCCUUGCUCCAAAAUUCCUCAGCUCACAGAGCAAUAACUCAAAGAGAAGCUGGGGGGAGGACAGAUCUAACAUGCUGCAGUUACUAAAUCUUCCCGGUGACUUGUCUGCACAGCCUUUCCUCAGGGUCGUUCACGUUUGGCUGCAAGGUACAAAUCACAAAAACAACUCCUUCUCCCCACCCUCUUUCAAAGCAUGAUUUUUUUUCAGGGCUGAGUUGCAUCAUAUUCCAAUGUUUUGAUGUAAGGAAUUGACCUCUCCUUUUUCUCUCUUUUU